AACCCCCACGCGUCCACCUUUAGCCCCACACCGCCGCACACCGGAUCUCGCACCGUCCUCCACACUCUAUAACUAUAUAUACCACAAAUAGCUAUAUCCAUUCAAUAAUCAAAACCGAAGAAGAAACAGAAUCAAUACAAAAAAAAAAAAAAAGAAUCGUGUUGCUCUAUGAAAAUGGAGAAGGAGGAAGCGUUCGAGUUUCUCGGUUGCGUUCCGCUUCUGCAGAGGCUUCCAAGCUCGGCUCUGAGGAAAAUAUCUCAGUAUGUGGUUGUCAAACACUGUGAGCCAGGAGAGUAUGUUGUUCGUGAGGGUGAACCUGGGGAUGGCGUGUACUUCAUAUUGGAUGGAGAGGCCGAGGUUGUUGGAUUUGUUAGUGCCAAUGAUGAAGAUCGUCCAGAGUUCCAAUUGAAAAGAUACGACUACUUUGGUUAUGGUUUGUCAGACACAGUUCACCAGGCAGAUGUUGUUGCUUUGUCUAAGCUGACAUGCUUAGUGCUGCCCAACGAGCACUCAACACUGCUGCAGCCUAAGUCUAUCUGGAGUGCAGAAAAUUCUCUUGAAACAUGCUCAUCUGUGGAGAAUAUAUUGCAUUUGGAAUCCAUAGAGGUAGAUAUCUUCCAAGGAAUUACCCUUCCAGAUGCUCCAAGAUUUGGAAAGGUGUUUGGGGGGCAGAUGAUUGGACAGGCACUGGCUGCGGCAUCAAAAUCUGUUGAUUCUCUUAAGGUUGUUCAUAGUUUGCAUGCCUAUUUUAUUCUUGCAGGGGAUUUACACAUGCCAAUUAUAUAUCAAGUUCACCGUUUCCGUGAUGGAAAGAGCUUUGCUACAAGGAAAGUGGAUGGAAUUCAAAAGGGAAAAGUCAUAUUCACUUUGCUGGCUUCAUUUCAAAAAGAAGAAUCAGGGAUGGACCACCAGGAAGUAGCUUUGCCAUCUGUUCCGGCUCCAGAUAAGCUUCUGCCGAUGGAAGAGAUGCGGGAGAGACGUCUUACUGACCCUCGUUUACCAAUAACCUACCGGAACAAAGUAGCUACAACUCAAUUCAUCCCUUGGCCCAUAGAGAUACGGUUCUGUGAAUAUGAAAUUUCAACAAAUCAGACAAAAUCUCCUCCCAGUUUGAGAUACUGGUUUAGAGCAAAGGGAAAACUUUCAGAUGAUCAAGCCUUGCAUAGGUGUGUGGUGGCAUAUGCCUCGGAUCUUGUAUUUCUUCAAGUAAGUUUGAAUCCGCACCGUGAGAAGGGUUUCAGGACACGUUCUGUUAGUCUCGACCACUCUAUGUGGUUUCACCGAUCCUUGAGAGCAGAUGACUGGGUGCUAUUUGUGAUCUUUACUCCAAGCGCCUAUAAUGCACGUGCCUUUGUCACCGGCCAAAUGUUCAAUCAGAAGGGAGAGCUUCUUGUAUCAUUGGUUCAAGAAGGGCUAGCUAGGAAAAUUAGUCCACCAAAUUCAACCAUUAGAUCCAAGUUGUGACAUGCUGAAGAAUGCACAGAUUAGCACGUAUCCAUUUUAAAAAUCCUAUGUAAUAACUUAAUAUCCAAAUUAUAAAUGUAAAUUUCAAUAUUUUUCUAUAAAAUGUAUUUUUCGUUGUUAUACAAUGACAAUAACAAUAUUAGAAUUUUGUUAAGAAACUCAUCCCACCUCUUCAAAAUUUGAGGUGCAUUAAAUUAAUUUUAAUUUA